ACGUCGGUGCGCCUGUGACAUAAGAGAAUACGCACUUCUAUUUCUUUAGCUCAUUCUGAAUCGAAUUCAUUUAUAUCCGUAACAUAGGUGUUAUAAACUAGUGAUAAGUGAACGGAAGAUGGCUUUGAAUGCUUAUAAAAGUUUGCUGUUAUCAAACAGUAUACAGCUCAGCGCAAAACGCUGUUUGUCAAUUACUUCCCGGCUGAACUCUGCCGCCAGCAAACUAUUUUCGGAGGAACAAAUACGACAGAAAGAAAAGGUGGGACGCAUUGAAAAAAUUGAAAUUCGUUACCUCGGAACUCCAACCGAUACCACUCUCGUUAUGAACCGGCUUCUUUCAACGCCAUUGGAUUGUGCAAAGCAUAUUGGAGAAAAAUACUGUCGGAAUUCAGCUCUUGCUUUGUUGGAUAACAGUGUACCGUGGGAUAUGCGAAGACCACUCGAAGAUUCCUGCACCCUUCAACUGUUGAACUUCAAAUCCCAAGACCCACACAUAGCGAAUAAGGCUUUCUGGAAAUCAUGUUCGCUGUUAUUGGGUGCUGUGCUCCAAAAAUGCUUCAAACCUGAAGCGGGAUUGUUCCUGCAUAGUUUCCCAAAACCUAACAUAAAAAGUGGAAGUUUUGUGUACGACAUUGCACUAGCUAAAGAUGGAUGGAAACCACCAAUGCAGGAGCUCCGUGCUCUUUCCAUUGAAAUGAUCAAGCUUUCUCAACAGGAUUUACCUAUCGAGCGUUUGGAUGUUACCAGUGCAAUUGCACUAGAGAUGUUUAGUAGUAACCCUCACAAACGAGAACAGAUACCAAGCAUUGCUGGUCAUAACAAUGAGUUGAUCACUGUCUACAGAGUAGGAGAUCAUGUGGACAUAAGCAAAGGGCCUUUAAUUAGUUCCACAGGUUUGCUGGGAAAAUGUACGAUAGCGGCUGUGCACGAGCUUCCCAAGUCAACGCCAGACCAGCUUCCACUGUACCGCGUGCAAGGUGUUGCGCUUCCCAUCGGGUUGAAUAUGAACCAUUUUGCUUACGGUAUUUUGGAAGACCGAGCGAAGAAAUUGAAUCCCGCUAAACUUCCGAAUGAACCCUACGAGGAUGGACUGGCUGAACAAGUUGCAUAACAUGCUUUUUGGUUGCUAUUAAUAAAAGGUCCUUGCUAUCACUAAAUA